CCGCAGUAGCGCAGUUCCUUCUGGGAAGCGGUGCUCUUCGUCCUCCCGUUGUUUGUGACGUCCUGCAGCGGUUUUAAAAGCACCAUGUUGAUUGAGUGCCUGGUGGUUCUAGCCUUGGGUAUUGUAGCCUGUCUUGUGCUGCUAAAGAGAAAGACAGUGGUACUGAAGACAGAAGAUGGCUGGUGGGGAAUUGGAGAUGUACCUCAGGGGAAUGAGGAUGAGAACAUUUCUUCUUUCACGGUUGAAACAUCCCAACAAGAGAUUGAGGACUUGCACAGGAGAAUAGAUCAAACACGGCCUGUUCCUUCUUUGGAGGACAGCCAAUUUAAUUAUGGCGUCAACUCCAAAGUUCUACAGAAAGUUGUAACAUACUGGAGAAAUGUCUUUGACUGGAAGAAGCAAGUGGACAAAUUAAACAAAUACCCACAUUUUAAAACAAAAAUUGAAGGUAUCAGUGUCCACUAUGUCCAUGUAAAGCCAAAGAGAAAAACAAAUUGUGUACCUAUAAUCAUGGUACAUGGUUGGCCUGGCUCCUUCUAUGAGUUCUAUGGGAUUAUGCCCCUUCUCACUGAGCCUGCCAACCCUGACGACCUUGCCUUUGAGGUUAUUUGCCCAUCCAUCCCAGGCUAUGGAUUUUCAGAGGCCCCACAUAAAAAAGGGUUUGAUUCUGUUUGCGCAGCCAGAAUAUUCCACAAGCUGAUGAAGAGGCUUGGUUUCAGUCAGUUCUAUGCUCAUGGUGGGGACUGGGGUUGGCUCAUCACUACGAACAUGGCACAGCUUGAUCCCAAAGCAGUCAAAGGUCUUCACCUGAAUUUUGCACCUCCUGCUAAGCCUGGUCUUCCAAUGAUACUGUCUUUGAUGCUGGGUUGGCGAUUCCCAAAGUUAUUUGGCUUCACUCAGCAUGAUGUGAAACGCCUCUACCCCUGCAUGGAGAAAAUGGUUGUAGAGCCAGUGAAGGAGAUGGGAUACAUGCAUAUCCAGGCUACCAAACCAGAUACGGCAGGAAGGGCAUUGAAUGAUUCGCCAGUUGGUUUAGCUGCUUACAUUCUAGAGAAGUUUUCCACAUGGACAGAUCCUGAGUUCAGGGACCUUGAUGAUGGAGGACUAGAAAGGAAAUUCUCCUUGGAUGACCUUUUAACAAACAUAAUGAUCUAUUGGACGACUGAGUCAAUUAUUUCAUCCAUGCGAUUCUACAAGGAGAAUUUUGCCAAGGGCUUGAACCAGCCGCAUUCAAGUAUGCCAGUUUCUGUGCCCACUGCCCUGGCUUCUUUUCCCAAUGAGCUGAUGCACACUCCUAAGCUUUGGGCAAAACAAAAGUAUCACAAACUAAUUGCCUUCACUCCAAUGGCCUCUGGUGGCCACUUCGCAGCCCUGGAGGAGCCAGAACUUAUGUCACAGGACAUUCAACACUUCGUCAAGAUCCUGGAGAAGAAGUAAAUUCUAAUUUACUUUAGCGGCCUAAACGUCCGUUUAGAACUUCUGUUCUGCACUGUACUUUACUUAUAAAUGUGAAUAGGUCUAACUUUUCUCUCAGUUUGAGAUUGAACUGGAAAUGUUAAGAGAAGACUUUGAGGUAACACUUUAUAUUAAGACACACAUAUUCACCAUUAGUUAGCUG